AUGCCAGUGUCCGAGACCUCCUUCCAGUCGCUAGUGGAGAAUCAGCAGGAAGAUGACCAGAAGGCGGGCAUGACGUCCUCCUUCCACACAGCAAACAUGCUUGUAUGGCAGCGUCACUUCCUCUGGACUCACUCCUGGUGGCAAUGUCCGGAGUCAUACUGGGUGCUGUCCACACUCCAGAUUGACAUCUUUGGAAUCAUCCUCUUACUGAUCUGGUGUGUGUCCUGGGCCAUCACGGGCCCUGAUGUUCUCCCAGGUGGGAACCUGUUUGGGCUGAUGGUCAUCUUUUAUAGCGCCGUGCUUGGAGGGAAGUUGCUGGAAUGCAUCAGGAUACCCUCAGUACCUCCUCUCCCACCCCUUCUCGGGAUGUUAUUGGCUGGUUUUACUGUCAGAAAUAUUCCAUUCCUCAGUAAUCUCAUCUUUGUUAAUUCUAUGUGGUCUUCGACUUUAAGAAACAUUGCCCUCACUGUCAUCCUAGUACAAGCUGGACUUGGACUUGACCCACAGGUUCUGAAGACCAUGAAGGGUGUGUGCCUGAGGCUGUCUGUGGGGCCCUGCCUGGCCGAGGCCUUAGCCUCUGCUGUCAUCUCCCACUUCCUCCUGGGCUUCCCCUGGAAGUGGGGCUUUCUACUUGGUUUUGUACUGGGCGCUGUGUCACCGGCGGUGGUCGUGCCAUCCAUGAUCAUGAUGCAGGAGAAGGGCUACGGGGUGCAGAAGGGUAUCCCCACCCUGCUCAUGGCUUCCAGCAGCCUGGAUGAUAUCCUGGCCUUCACCGGAUUUCACACUUGCCUCAGCCUGGUCUUCUCCACAGGAAAUAUACUCAGUAACAUCCUGAACUCCAUUCGGGACGUAGUCAUCGGUGUGCUGGUAGGAGUUCUUUUGGGAUUUUUUGCUCGAUAUUUUCCCAGUCGAGAUCAGGAGUACCUCCACUUGAAGCGAGCCUUUGUGAUCCUCGGCCUGUGCAUCUCCGCUGUCUUGGGCGGGAAACGCAUCGGCUUGCAUGCCACAGGAGGCCUCUGCACACUGGUGCUCACUUUCAUGGUCAGCCUCAGCUGGACUACAGAGAAGGUCAGCGUUCAAAGUGUGGUUUCGGUUACCUGGAACGUUUUCCAACCCCUUCUCUUUGGUUUGGUUGGAUCAGAGAUCAAUGUCUCAGCUCUUGAAACAAAUACCAUAGGCAUUGCUAUAGCCACUGUGACCUUGGCUGUCUUGGCUCGAAUUUCCUUCACAUUUUCACUGAUGAGUUUCUCUGGUUUCAAUGUCAAGGAGAAACUCUUUAUUGCUCUGGCAUGGAUUCCCAAAGCCACAGUCCAGGCUGUGCUAGGGCCACUGGCCCUGGAGACGGCCAGGACCAUCAACGCACCGCAACUGGAGCAGUACUCCAAGGAUGUCAUGACAGUGGCCUUCCUGGCCAUCCUCAUCACUGCCCCCAAUGGGGCACUCAUCAUCGGCAUCUUGGGGCCCAAAAUGCUCAAAUGUCACGAUCCAGGCACUGUCAAAACUGAUUUGACAAUAACUGUGUAA